GAGAGAGAAAGAGAAGGAGGUGUGGGUAGACUUAGAAGAAUAAAGAGGAGGGGAGAGAGGACGAAAGAACCAGGAGAUAAAGGAAAUAAAGAUAAAGAAGCAGAGAGGGACACUGACUCCCUUCCAAGAUAGAGAGAAAAGGACGUGGACAGUAGAAAGGAAGAGUGAAACAGACAGAGUCUGAACAGAAGGGUGUCUGGGUCAGAGAAUGUGAGGGUAGAGAGAGAAGGAAGGGACAGGAGAGGCAUCCAUCCAGGAUACAGACUGUGCUCAGGGUGAGUGACUGAUCCAAGGGGCAAAGUGGCUGAUCUUCCGCACCCCCCACCCCCGAAGGUUAUAGCAGUCAGGGGCCCUCUUCAUGCACAGUGUUGAGAUUGGCAUUAAAAUGGGGAAGGAGCAGUGAAUGGGCUGGAGGUGGAUCAAGAUAUUAGGGUCCACAGGGGAAAAGUUGGGUUUUGUGCAGAGAUCGCCAAGCAAGGCUUGGGUGGGGAGAAGGGGAGAGUCUUUGGGGAGAAGGCGAUACCAAUGGACAGAGCUGGCAUCGACUCAGAGUGGGGGAUGAGGAGGAGCUGGCUACCUCUGUAACCUCAAAAUCCUUGGCUUGUUGCUCCUGCACUUGGAGAUUUCUGCAGCUUUGGAAUUAUCCAGGACACAAUGUGCGAGAACAGCAGAGAUUGCGGGAGUCCUGACAGCUCUUCGGUCAAUUCCCCACAACGGCGGCGAACAAUGAACAGCUCUCCACCCCUCCAUUCCUCUGUCGUCGGGCCAGGCGUCUCGUCUUCGGUUAGUUCUCCCGUCAGCAGCGUUGGCGCGCACUUCUCAGUCAUCAGCUCUUCCUUGAGCUCCACUUCAACACCGUCCCUGGGCUAUCGGCCUGUGAACAGCCCACAGAUAAACUCCACAGUCAGCAUGUCAAGUUUCCACACCGUCAGCAGUUCUGAUGACGUUCAGUCAUCGCUGGGCACGAACCAGGCUGUUUCUUACCCAGCUGGCUCUGCCACCUUGUCACUGAGGCGCAUCUGUGCCAUUUGUGGAGACCGGUCUUCAGGCAAACACUAUGGUGUCUAUAGCUGCGAGGGUUGCAAAGGCUUCUUCAAGCGGACAGUGCGAAAGGAUCUGUCCUACACCUGCCGCGACAGUAAGGACUGCACGAUCGACAAACGCCAACGGAACCGCUGCCAGUACUGCCGCUACCAGAAGUGCCUGGCCACAGGCAUGAAGCGAGAAGCCGUCCAGGAGGAGAGGCAGAGGAGCAGAGAGAGGGGCGAAGAGGUGGAGUCCACCAGCGGGGCCAACGAUGAAAUGCCUGUGGAGAAAAUCCUGGAGGCCGAGGUGGCGGUGGAACAGACAUCCGAGCUGCAGGCUGACGGGGCGGGAAACGAAGUGGCUUCGAUCCCGCCCACUGAUCCGCGAGCCCACACCAAGACCCCGCCCCUCCUCACGGCCCCGCCCACUCACCCAUCGCCCAUUCUAACCGAACCGUACAGCCAGGGCCCCGCCCUAAUAACCAUCCUGCCCGAUCACGCCGGACCCCACCCACACAAACGCCCCGCCCCCGCGGCCUUGUCCCCGCCUACCCACUCACUGACCCGCCCAUUCAAGUGGUUCGUUUCCCGCUUAGAGCCCCGCCCACUCCUUGUGGCCCCGCCCGCUCGCCGGGCCACGCCCCACGGUGCUGGGCCUAUCGGUGCCCUCGCUGUGCGCUUGCGCAGAUCGCCGUUGGCCGUGAUUGUGUGGAGUCGUCGCUGUGAGUUAGUCACCUGA